UGGCGCCCUUUUUUAAACCUGAACUACCCUCUGUCAAUUAAUAUCCAAUGAUCUACUGUACUGUAGUUACAAAUGAGUAAUUUAGUAAACCACCGAGUUGUGUAUAUGAUUUUUUCAAGUAAUUGUUAGCUCAUCACGUCGUAUUAAUUUAGUUAGUUCCGUUUAAUGUGUUUUUAAUUGAAAUAAUGCCAAAAGUCAAACAAUUGGUACUACUGGUAGGUGAAAUGUCCCAAAACAUAACCUUAUUUUGUAUCAAAUAAAUUCGAAUAAUGUACCUUAAAGUGUUGUUACUCUCGGUAUUUCUCGCUGUGAUUGCGAUAAUUUAUCGCUUAAAAUCCGUCCAAAACCCCAACCUCAUUACCGCCGCCGACUUGCGCCUCUUCAACGGUAAAGACAGCCCCAAUUUGUACUUAUCAAUCCUGGGCAAAGUCUUCGACGUGUCAAAAGGCUCCGCACAUUACGGCCCCGGCGCCCCUUACAAUUUUUUCACGGCGAAAGACACCUCCCGUAGUUUUAUCACCGGAGAAUUCACUCAAGUCGACGACCGAGUGGCCGAUUUGGGGCCCGCUGAUUUGCGCUCCCUGAAUCAGUGGCUCCGCUUUUACCACAAAGAAUACAAACUUGUGGGGAAACUAAUCGGGCGGUAUUACGACGAAACGGGGAAGUUGACCCAAUACGGGAGGGAAGUAAAGCGACUUUUGCGGCAAGCAGAACGCGAGAAGGAGUCUCACGAGGAGGAAAAGCUCAACUUUCCGCCUUGUAACGUGGAAUGGAACGCCGAAACGGGGAGUCGUGUCUGGUGCACGGAGAGGAGUGGCGGAGUCUCGAGACACUGGGUGGGGUACCCGAGACAGCUCUACGAACCCGGAUCGCAAACUUACAGGUGUGCUUGUGUCCAAUUUGGGGGAAUUUCAGCCAAUUUCAAACAAUACGACGGGUGUGAUCCUGACUCAGUUAGUUGUUUUGUUAAAUCGUAAAUAAAACCAAUUUUUUUUUGUUAAUUUUAAUCAACUUCGUUAAUUUCAGAGAGCUUUUCGAGUAAAUAUUUUAGGGUGA